GCGAGGGACAUUUCAUUGUGUGUACGGAAGUAGACAGGCAGCUGAGCGGUUCAUCCCAGCUGGUGGCCGCAUAGGUGUUAGAACAAAGUAUUCUUGCAUUACAAUUCAUUUCCUGAAGAACAUGAGGCGUGACUGGCCGCAGAAGGAAUCCAGCCACGUCCACUCGAGUGUGUUUUAGUGAAUGCGUUUCCUGAUUUAGCGGGGAAGCAGAACGCUGAGUUGUUCUGAGCCAUGGGGUCCGAGGAUGUAUUGAGAAGUGCAUCUGCACUCGCAUCUUACAAUGUUCUGUUACAGGUGAUGUUUCGCUUCCUGACGUUCUUCCUCAACGCCUUUACACUGAGAUUUGUGUCAAAGGAGUUGAUUGGCGUCGUGAAUGUUAGGUUGAUGCUGUUGUACUCUACAUUGGUGUUCCUGUCCCGAGAGGCCUUCAGGAGGGCGUGCCUUAGUGGCGGGGGUGCUGAGUCUAACUGGAGACAGAACAUCAACCUGCUGUGGCUCACGUUUCCCUUGGGCUGUUUGUGGGGUGUAUUACUGGUGUGUGUGUGGGCAUUUGUGCUGCAAGCCCCAGACCCCCAGGCUGUUCCCAACUAUCUGCCUGCUGUGUGUCUCUUCUGCUGGGCAGCGCUGCAGGAGCUGCUGGCUGAACCACUGUGGGUCCUUGCACAGACACACAUGCUUGUUCAACUCAAGGUUGUAGCAGAGAGCUCAGCGAUGGUUGCUAAGUGCAUCGUAACCGUGGUAAUGGUUAUGUCGGCCCCAGAGUGGGGUCUCUACAUCUUUGCUGCAUCUCAGUGUGUGUACUCAGGGUUCCUGGUGCUGUGCUACGUGGUCUACUUCACGAGGUUCCUGGGCUCAGCUGAGGCGGAGAAGAAGGGCUUCCCUCUGCAGAGCAUCACAGAGACGCUCCCGGGCCGAACGCAGGGAGAGUCAGUCAUCAACUGGAAGUUGGCAAGGCUGACCUGGAGUUUCUUUAAGCAGUCAUUCCUAAAACAGAUCCUCACUGAAGGGGAGCGCUACGUGAUGACCUUUCUGAAUGUGCUUAACUUUGGAGACCAGGGUGUGUAUGACAUCAUUAAUAAUCUGGGCUCGAUGGUGGCACGCUUCCUCUUCCUCCCGAUAGAGGAGAGCUUCUAUGUAUUUUUCGCAAAGGUUCUGGAAAGAGGGCGGACCGUUCAUCAACAAAAACGAGAAGAGGUUGCCAUGGCAGCGGAUGUGUUGGAAUGCCUUCUGAAGCUGGUGCUUGUGAUUGGUCUGAUCAUCGCAGUGUUUGGACAGGCCUACUCUCACCUGGCCCUGGACAUCUACGGAGGAGAGCUGUUGAGCAGUGGAACAGGUCCCUCUCUCCUGAGAUGCUACAGUGCAUAUGUUCUCCUGCUGGCUGUGAAUGGAAUCACCGAAUGCUUCACUUUCGCUGCCAUGAGCAAGGAGGAGGUGGAUCGGUAUAACUUUGUCAUGCUCGGCCUGUCUGUGUGCUUCCUGCUGCUCUCCUAUUGGCUGACUGGGCUGUUUGGGGGCGUGGGCUUCAUCCUGGCCAACUGCUGCAACAUGGCGUUGCGGAUCACACACAGCCUGGUGUACAUGCGCCACUACUUCCAGCUAUCUGAGUACACCCCGCUGGCGGGGCUGCGGCCUCACCCCGCCCUGCUGGCCAGCUUGGCUGCCAGCUACGCCCUCACUACGGUCUCUGAGAGUGUGUUCUGUUGUGAUGGGGGCUGGUUGCUAUGGCUAGUCCACGUCGCCGUGGGUGGGGUGUGUUUACUCGGGGUGAUCGCCACGGCGUUUGUCACCGAGACUCGUCUCGUGGAGUUCAUUAAAUCCCAGCUGCUGCCACGCUACAGCAAGAAGCUCACCUGAAAGCCUGAAGCUCACCUGAAACCCUGUAGAACACCUGAAAGCCUGAAGCUCACCUGAAACCCUGUAGAACACCUGAGGGUCUGGGGCCCCCAGGCCUUAGCACCGCUGCACCACCAUGGGGUGCCUGGGCUGAACUUGGAGGUUAUUCCACAAAGCAGGGUCACUGAGUUGUCGGGAUAACUGCACUUAGUGAAGCGCACAACAGAACAUUGUGUUUACGUCCAUCUGUAGAGUUUUUGCUGUGUCCAGGUUCAGCUCGGCAUAGUCAUUCAGCUCACUCAGACAUUUUGAAGGCGUGGCGCAUGAUCUUGGCACCAGAGACUCAACACACACAGCCUUUCCAUGGGUACAAAUAUGAAGAGGACUUUAAAGCAGCCCUGUCUGGAUUAUGUCAUUUAUUUUUAUAUGAGAGUCUUUAAUUUGAAUAUAAUGUAGUAUAAAUCAUGACUAGUAAAGAGGGUUGAGGAACCUGUAGCUUUUUUUGUGAUGCUAUGAUGUCAAUAAGUAUGGCUGCCGUUAUUAUUGAUUAAUUAGCAUGGAAUUGCUAUGAAUGUAGUUACUGGCACUGCUGCUUAAGAUAUGUACUAGAAAAGACCAAAGCAAACCCAAAUCCUAUUAAAGAGGAUGAUUAGAUAACAUCUGUUAUCUUAGGGAACUUACCUGAAAUGACCCUUGUGACUAUCCCUUCUGGGAGUGCCAUUAUACUGACUGCAGACUGGGAAAAUGAAUGGAUAUCAUGUUCACACUUGUCUGUCUGUCGAUGUUUGAUAUUAAUAAUAUUAACGGUUUCUUUUAUAUACUUGAA